AUGGUUAACACUAGUACUGUUACUGAGGGAGCAAGGACAGGGGACAACACAACGACCGUGUUGGAAGGUCAGCUCAUUGACCUAAGCCUUGAUGAGCACGAUACCAAUGCUGCACCGCGCCACGUGUCCGACUCUGGCUCAUUUGAGGACGAAGAGGAUAUUGCUGACAACAUCUCAUUAGGCUCAAUUGACACGGAUAGUGGGCCCAACACAUUGCCUCCGACCUAUGAUCUCGCCUCGAUUCUAGGAACCCAUGCAGCUGCGUCCAAUAACAAUGGGACUACGACUAGCACCACCACCUCUACUACUACAACCGCUGUCACCACAGGCAUUAAUGGCAAUGCGACAGUAACAAACAGCCGUAUCCCUGUCAACAUUCCGUCGACAGCUGAGAUGGAGAAUUUGCCGAUUGAUGUGGUUGCCCUGAUCCUUGAGACCUUAACUAUCCUUGAAUUGUUUGAUCUGCACAAAUUAUCGGAUCGUUGGCGCCAGCUGACAACUCGGGCACUUUUGGACAAAUUUAUGAUGAGCCAUGUGGUCCUUUGGAUUGAUCAGGAAGGUCAUCGGACAUUCCGUCCAGAGUUUUUGUUUGAUUCGUUUGAUGAGGCCACGAACCGGAUUCGAUGGCUGCCAAAGCCUACACACAAACCUGAGCUUCGCGGUCAAGUCUACAGCAAGACGUUUGGUAUAACCAAGCCUAUGAUCCGUAUCAUUUCUGUAGGUGAUGUGGACAAGUACGACUAUUUGGAUAAGGAGGCCCAUAUGACGAUUGUCAAGCCUGGGACAAGGACCUUAUUAGGAUCUGAUAAGGGAUGCCCUUGGGCAUUCAUCUACAAGGUCUCUUCAUUUACGCGUAAGGGCAAGAAGAUUGAUGGAGAACGCUGGAUUGAGCCUAUUUCAUUUGAGUGUCACCUUGACUUUUUGAACCCAAGACGAGCUCAUAAGCUACGUCUGUUGUGGUACUUGCAGAAGUCGUAUGCGACCAUGCCCAUAGUCGGCGAUUCUGCACGGAAGCAGAUCAACCGAUCCAAGGUCGAGGGUGCAUUACCAGCACAGCAGAUGAGCGAGUUCUUCAGCGGAAGGAGUCAGCCAUUGUCAGGUUCUACCUUAUCCACGUUCCGUUAA